UUCAGCAGGGCCAUUGCACACCCCUCUUCCUGCCUCCCCUCCUCCCAGCCCAGCCGGGCCCGAGCUGCCAGCCCCAUCGGCUGCGCCUCCAGCCCCUUCCUGUGUCCCUCCCUACAAAGCCGGGCUGCAACACGGGCUGGCUCGAGCCCGGCGUGGGAGCCCUGCGGGAUCUGCAGUCACCUGUCCUGAGCUACAGCGUCCAGACACCAGCGAGCCCGUGCUGGGCCUGGGCAGACACGGGCCAGGCGCGGCUCCCCCGCCUCGCCCCACGUGGCUGCUCCCGGCGCCGCCGCUGCUGCUGCGGCCACACGCGGGCGGUGGUUCCUGGCCGCACUCGCACGAGCGGCUGCUCCCCUCCGCGCCAGUGACCAAACGCCGCCGCUGGCGUGGGGCAGGAGCAGAGUCGGGGGACGAGGACACUCUCACCCCAGCCGCCCAGGCAAUGGCUGCAGCAGAGCUGGCCGAGCACUGUGUCUAAUUACCAAGGUGAUCUCUCAGAUGGAACUAGAGGAAGAGCCAUCGGUCCUGGAAAGGGAGAACCUAAGAAGCACCUGUACAGCAGGUCAUGGGAUGGUGCGUGAGAAUGAGGAGGAGAGUCCUGAGCAAGUGGAACUUCAUGUGACGUUACUGGGAAGAUCCAAAGCGCAGGGAAAUUUCUGCCCUCUUGAGCAGGGAAAAGCUUCUGAGAGUCCAGGCAGGUCCAAAAGGGAGCAAAGAAACCCUCCAGCAAAGAGACUGGGGAAAUCCAUCCAGCUUGGGGGAGGUGACCUCAAUGACCUCCCAAUCCCGCAGAGACUCCACACGGGAGAGGGAAAGAACACAUGCUCCGACUGUGGGAAAAGCUUCCGUGGGAGCUUAGGUCUUACUAGACAUCAGAGAAUCCACUCGGGCGAGAAGCCCUACAGAUGUCUUUUGUGCGGGAAAGGCUUCACCGUCAGCUCCACCCUGGCUAAGCACCGGCGCAUCCACACUGGGGAGAAACCCUACCAGUGCCUCAGUUGUGGGAAGAGCUUCAUCCAGAGCUCGCAGCUCAUCACCCACCAGAGAACACACACGGGCGAGAAGCCCUACCAAUGCCCCGAAUGCGGGAAGGGCUUCAGCCGGAGCUCCCACCUCAUCAUCCACCAGAGGUUCCACACUGGAGAGAAGCCCUAUGAAUGCCCCCAAUGCGGGAAGGGCUUCAGCCAGAGCUCCAACCUGGCCACGCACCAGAGAGUGCACACGGGGGAGCGGCCCUACCAGUGCUCCCAGUGCGGGAAGGGCUUCGCGCAAAGCUCAGACUUCACCGCCCACCAGCGGCUGCACAUGGGCGAAAGGCCCUACCGCUGUGCCGAGUGUGGGAAAAGCUACACAAACAGCUCUGCCCUCAUCAAACACCAGAGGAACCACACGGGAGAGCGACCCUACAAAUGCCCCGAGUGCAGGAAGGGCUUCAGCCAGAGCUCCGCUCUGCUUGCCCACCAGCGGAUCCACACGGGAGAGAGGCCCUACAAAUGUCCUGAGUGUGGAAAGGGCUUUUAUGCGCGCUCCCCCCUUAUUGCACACCGGAGAACCCACACCGGCGACACACCCUACAUGUGUCCGGAGUGUGGGAAGGGCUUCCGCAAGAAAACCAGCCUGAACGUGCAUCAGAGAGACCACCCGGCGGAGGAACAAUGCCCUGACCAGGGCUGUCCCCAGUGAACGGCAUCCAUGGCCAUUCCCACAACACACAGGGAUAUUUGGCUUCUCAGCACCAUCCGUGUCUGCACAUCUGUUGGGUCAGCUGACUGCAGGAGCCACCCCUAAGCUGACUGGUGGUGAUCCUCUAGCAAGUCCUAGGCAGAGAAGAAGCCCACAUCAUCUCCUAGUUAACUGGUGCAUCCCAAGCUGUAACGCUGCCAGGCCCUCUGUCUCUUGUCAACAUGGGAGGAGAGAGGAAAACCCCUCCAGGAGCCCCUUUUUCCUCAUGUGGACAGCAGCUGGGAGAAAGCUACGUGGUUCAGGCCCUAAACUAACUCAAGAGACCUAUCACCACUACCCCCCAGACCAGGGCUGGGCUCUCAAACUGAUCCAGAACUGUAGCCUGAUUAUGCUCAUACCACCUUAAUUCUGGCCCCUUGUGCAAAUAGGUUCUGGUACAAUUUUAAUUUACACUGUCACAUACCGUUUUUUCCAACAGGGCUCCUACCUCAUCCAGUGCCCAGAAUGGAUGCAUCGGGCAACCUGAUCUAUAGGGGUCUCUAUGCAUGCUGCCUAUAAUAGAAUGCUACCCUCCAUUCUCUCCCUGCCCCUUGCCUUGGGUGCCCAGGGUCAUCUGGGGCCACUUACAUUACUGUCUUGAAAGUGCCUUGAAUUGCCAGUGGAGCCAACCCCCAUUUUCUGCCUACCUAAAUUACUCAUUUUGCCCUGGCAAGCUCCUGGAAAUCCUGUCCUGAAUGGUUGGUGCAUCCCACACAUUCGUGAUGAAAUACUAGCCGAGCUGCUAUUUAGAGCCCUGCAGAAAGCAACAGGAAAUGGAGAUGUAUGUCUCAUCCUAAUGCUGUCUGAGCUGAGUCUGCAGUAGGUUCAUUCCAUUUUCAAUGGUCACAACCUCAUUCCAGUGCCAGGGAGGAACAAGUCCUCAAUCUCAGGCAGAAGAACGAAACAAAAGCAGACAAGAUUCUGCCAACAAAACCGAUUGAUUGGGAGCAGUAACAGAUUGAUUGGGAGCAGAUUUAAGCUUAAUCAAAAUAAGCCACUCUUAAAUUGAAAUAAGCGUGUCUACCCAGGGAUGUGCAGAGUUUUAACUAAAUAAGCUUAAAUGCCCACCUUAAGUUAAAGUGGUACAAGCCCUCAGUGCAGCCUUGCCAACCCCAAGCAUGCAAAAAUCAUGAGUCCAGCCCCAAAACAUGAGAUUUGGCUUAAAAGUCCAGAGGGGUUUUAAAAAUAAUACAUGUUAAGUUUUUGUGUCUUCUGGUUUCUGAGCCUUUAAGUGUGCACGUGCUUCACAUUUUCAGUCUUUUCCCUGCGACCAUGAGGGCUAGAACCUCCCUUAAAAAAAGAAAAGAAAAGAAAGUUGAGCUUCUUAUUCAGUCUCUUGAUUCUAGCAGCUGGGGCUGGAAAACACCAAAUAUAAUGAGAGCUGCAUUACAUUUGUAAGAGUUGGUAACACGAUAUCGUCUUCUGCUUCUUCACAUAGGUGUGUGUGCACCCAGCACACUGGAGCCUGAGAAAUUUGCCUAGUGAUACCUGUAGAGGGUGGCACUUGCACCUCAUGGCCAUAGCCCUUUCCCUGGCUACAUGACGCGGUGCCACCCCAACCCUCUCUCUUUUUAUUUCUUGGUCAACUGUAACAUCCCAUGUUUAAUUCAUUCUGUUAAACAUUGUCAACACUAUCACCUAACCAGCUUUAUUUGACUUUCUGUAAUUUCUUAGUUGCUUUUGAAAUUCUGUUUUGGCUAAUGAAUGGAUACAUUUACCAUACUUCCCCAGUCUGUAUUUUAGCUGAGGAACAGAUCUAAAAAGAACCUGAGGGCUUGUGUGCUGCUGAAGUGCUUCAGUGCAGAUGCUGCCUGUUCCAACGGGAGGGGUUCUCCUGACGGCAUAGGUACUCCACCUCCCCGGGAGGCGGUAGCUAGGUCGACAGGA